AUGCAGAAUCCGCAAGAUUUUGAUUUAAUAUUUGAUUCCUACGACUUUGGAAAGGAAGGAAAAAUUAGUCUAACUAAAUUACUAUCAGUAAUAGGCGACCUUGAGCUGUUACGUUCAACUUCUUCUCCUCCUCUUCUCAACGAAUUUCAAAAGCGUGCUACAUCAGAGUUUGUCCAAAAGAACGCCGAUCUCUCCAUUACCAAGGAUAAUCUACGACAAGUAUUAUUUAAGUUAAUACAGUCUAGUAAAAGUGAAAAUGCUAGCGCUGAUAAAAAUCCCGUGGAACAAUUUGUCUUUCCCUUGGUGCAGCAUUCGCAGGCAUCAUCAUCACCCGUUCAAGAACAUGCCAUGGAAGAUUCCUCUUUUGAUUCCAUCGAAAGUCCUUCUAAGAUUCAAGCUCAAAAGCUUCUCCUACCGACUAAUUCCAAAAAGUUAGAGAUGAAAUCCCCUAAUAUUUUAAGUACUCCUUUUGCCCACUCAACCCCUAUCACAUGGAAUCCUUUGCCUUCUGCUGCCGAUAGAGUAGCAAACCAAUUUAACAGCUAUGGUAUGGAAAACAAUUCAAUCAAAAGUCAAAACUUGCGAUUGAAAGAACUCCAAGAUUCUCUCGAUCAAGCAAGGGAUCAAGCUAGAAAUAAGUCCAGAAUUGUUGAUUUGUUAAAUGGAAAAAUUGACGAAUUGGCUCAUUACCUAAGUUCCCUUGAAACUCAACAUAGGGAAAUGAACUUAACACAGGAGGCUCAGAAUUUGCAAAUCAGAAAACUCAAGAGUAAGAACGAAUCUCUUAGUGCGGAAAACGAAAAUUUUCAGUCGGAGCUUUUAGCGAAAUCAAAUGAAAUUGUACAGGGAAAGAAGCAACUUUCUAUGUUGGAAAGCAAAUGUGCCGCCAGUAUGGAAGAACUAGAAAAGAAAUCGAUGAGUUUUAACGAACUAUAUAAAGCUGCUUCGGAGUCUUUGUUAAAUGAAGAUACUUUAUCAAAUCUGAAGUUUGAGAACCAUAAAUUACGAUCCCACUGUCAACAACUAGAGGACGAGUUGGAAGAGUAUCGAAAAGAAAAACACAACCAUUUAGAAGAAAACCCUUUACGUCCUCCUUCGCCCAUGAUGCUUGAAAAACUCACUGUUUCUUCUUUUUCCCCUUUUUUGUCAAUGCCAUUUUCUCCCGCGAAAAUGGUUUCAGAAGAAAAAUUUAUGAUAUCCUCAUCCGAUAAUUCCCAAGCGAAACAAAAGGAAAAUCCAUGCAGAAAUCUGCUAGAUCUGGAGAAUGCUCUUUCUCAAGAGCGUUUACGGAACAAAGAAUUAACUUCAGGAUUUACUAUAUUAUCAGAAGAAAUUGGAAUCCAGAAGUGGAUUAUACAGAGCUUAUCCAACAUGUCACCUCUUUUGCACGAAUUUAAAAAUCGGUAUGAAAUUUCAAUGCCUGGAAUAGAUGACCCAGAUUCGACGGCGUUAUAUUCGAGCAUUCAGUCCAGUAGAGAAGAGAGUUUUGAAGGUCAGAACGAACUUACUUCUGGCUCUCCGUUUUUAUCAUUCAUCGACAAAUAUCCAGCUACCUCCUCGAACGUCGCUUUCUUCGAAAAACUGAAAAAUAGAUUAUCAGGUUUCAUAAAAUUUAAAUGGCGGCCUGUACUUGUUCAAAUUCUCAUGUCCUUAUUAUACACACUUCGAGAUCUUUCGUAUAUUGUAAUAGCAGCUUUAUGUCAACAAAUAAUAAGGUUUCUACUGUCAUUCUUUGAGGAACUAAUUCAAGCAUCAAAUAAUGAAAGCAAUCUGGCUCAACCUUCAUGA